AUGAAUAAGAAGACUAGAAAACUGUCCAAGUUCAUAGAGGAAAUCAGGGAGGAAAUGCAGGGCAUCUUUAUGGACAUUACUGAUCCAAUCAUUGGUGACGAGUAUGGCAAAAAUUUAAGGGAAUUGGAUGCUGACACAGCAGAUAUUGUCCGAACAGGUUUAGUGAGUGCUCCUGAUUCGAUAUUAGAAACUCACAAGCUCUCGGCUAUGACGUUGGAGUUCUGGAAGGAAUGUGGGAUGAAUAGUUGCCUUCAGUCUUUAUCUGCACUUGCCACAAAAGAUGAGCUUCCUCAUCGCUCUACGCAAAAUUAUAAAGGGGUUGAGCUGGAGUUGGACCACACCAUUCGUCUUGAAAAUCAACCUCAGAUAUUAUUGAAGGGGAGGACAAUUUGGCUGCCCAAAACUUUUUAG